GGGAUGUGUCACCUGGGAUGAACAUGGAGGAGGCCAUGGGACCACCAAGCACCGAUCCCUGUAAGAGCAGUAUCUACCCGUUCCAGGGCUUAAAGAGGCCUCUGCAGUUUCUGGGUCUUUAUAACACUACACUGUGUAACGUCAAACACAUCCCGGCCUUUAAGGUGACCGGCUCUAAGAAUGAAGAGCAGGUUCUCAACGCUAUUGAAGCUUACACUGAACAUCGUCCUGAACUCGCACACAGGGCCAUAAACCAGCUGUUUGACUUUGUCCGGAUACAACACUGUAAUAAUCUGGUCCGAGCAGUGUAGGUACACACAC